GUCGAUUAGAUUUUUUGCAUUGUUUAUGCUAUAUAAACUAAAAAACAAAUUUAGAAAUGAAUUACAGACAGUGUUCAAUGCGAAAUUUUUUAUUUAUAGAUGAUGAAAAUGAAUAUCUAGAAAAAAUUUUAAAAUUUUCGGUUAGGCAAGCUGAAAAAGGAUAUAAAAUUUUAAUCUUAACUUGUUCAGAUAAUAUAAGGAUUGCCUUUGAACAAAAAGAAGUAAAACCCUACUUAUCCCAGAUAUUUAUAAUGUACUUUCAAAAUGUUGAUAAACUUAUAGCAAGGCUUUUGAAUUUACAUGACUGGGCCAUUUUACCAAAUAUUACGAUUGUUGAUAUAAACUCUGUUUUUAAAAUAAACAAUGCGGAAACAGAAUCUUUAAUUUUCCCAACGAAAAAGGAUAUAUGUUUAUUAGCUUCAUCAUUGUUGAACUAUAUUAAAUUAUUAAAUAAAUGUGAAUCAUUCACGGCGUUUAGUAUAACAAUAGGUAAUAAAAAUAAUGUGCCUGAAAAAUAUGUUCAAAUCUUAGUCGCUUUGUAUUUUUAUAAAUCAAUCUUUUAUCAAUUUUUGAGUUUGAAAAAUAACUUACCCAUAUUAUAAAAAUUAAUUUUUUUUUCAAAAUGAAGGAAUUUUUGUUAUUAAGAAAACAAUAAAUACAUAUGACCAAAUGAGGCAAAGUUUGUUAUUCGCAAAACAAUAAAUAUACAUGACCAUAUUAACAAAUUGAUGAAAUUUAAAUUAUUUUCCAAUUACUGUACAUAUUAUAUUAUACAUAUUGAAUAUAAAAAAUGUGAAAGA